AUGGAGCCCGCUCUUUCGAGAAGAAAGAGCAUCAGGACGAAGCCUUCUCUUUCGUUUCUAUUUGGCUCGCAGCAAAAUUCUGGCUUCGCUCGGCGAGAGGAGUGCUCGAGAUAUUACGACUUGAAACAUACACCCAUUAUCUUCAGGCGCCGAUCUGUGCUGAUUGAGCGUCGCAAGAUCUCUCCCUGGCUGGAGCGAGAGAUCCGCUGGUCUUGUGUCUUGCUUGCGAAGAGCAUUGAGCAAGAAGAAUUUGAACAUGAUAUCAGACAAACACUGACCUGCCAUGAUGCCUCCCUCCCGCCGGAGAAAGUUGAGGUCCACGCUGCGGUUUCAGCGCCAGGAGAGCAGAGCCAAUGCAACAACGACAUCAGGAAGUAUGACUCUGCUAUUGAGCUAGAUACUCAGCAGGUCUCCAGCCUGACAAAUGAACUUCCUUCAACUUCUCCUUUCCACGACCUGCAUGAAUUCAACUCUUCUUCCAAUCACGAUUCAUCGACGAGUGCUAGCUCGCCUGCCACAACUUGCAGCGACAUGACUUUCUGCACCGGACUGUCUAGUAUUGAACCUUCUCUCAAGGGCCUUGCUCCAAAUGUGCAAGAUCAACACCCAACUACAGAAGAAAUUUCCGUGGAAUGCCCACCAGCACAGUCCGAAGAGGCCUUCCUGGCGGGCGAGGCCAGCCCUAAUCUCUCCACCGACGAAGAGACCAUCUCAGAUGACGUCGAAGUAUUCCUCAAUCCAGAUAAGACCACACCCGACCUCGGGAGGACACCGAGCCUCUCCCGACCGUGCACCAAGGCCGCCCAGCUCGACCACCAACCACGCUGCGAGGACUUCCCAGCUGUACCGCAGAGCAAUACCACCGAAGCCCACAAGACCAGCGACGGAGACCUAACAACGAACGAUCCACCACCCAACCCCGGCGGAUUCGGCGCUACCUGCAUUCGCAAGCACGACGACCAACCCGCCGCCAUCGUCGACAGCAGCGGCGUCGUCCAUAUCAUGACAGACGCUGAAGAAGCACAGCGCAACAGCGACCUCCAGCUCGCCGUCAUGGAGAAGAUGAAAACCGGCAUUAUCGGAUGCAGCUUCACUUCGCCUGCAGAACAAGACGCCGCUGCUCCCCCAUCAAAGUCCGACAAAUCUCCACUACCAGCCUCCGCAAAACAGAAAAUGUCAUCCUUCUGGUCUCUACGAUCGCUCAUCUUCAAAGAGAGCUUGGCGAGCCUGAGGCGCCAUCCCAAAGAGCGCAAAACUCAUUCACCCUCUCAUUCUCGAUCUCAGUCCGGGUCUCAGUCUGAGGCUCAGCUUCCCCGCAAGAGCAAUUCUCUGCUGAGGAAGAUGUCCAAGUUGGACAUGGGGAGGCACAGGCCCGGCAGUGCGUCUCGCAGCAAGGACACGGCGGGAUUCAAUCGAAUCGUCAGCUAA